AUGGUUAACAUUUGUCUGAUAUGCGAUUUCUUCUAUCCAAGACUGGGAGGGGUUGAAAUGCACAUAUUCUAAUUGGGAUUGUGUUUAAUGGAAAGAGGUCACAAGGUCAUUAUCAUUACUCAUAAAUACGACAAUAGAGCUGGAGUUAGAUAUAUGACAAAUGGAUUGAAAGUAUAUUAUUGUCCUUUUGUCCCCGCACAUGAAUAAGUUGUGCUAUUCACAUAUAUGGGAAGUUUGGCAUUACUGAGACAAAUUUUACUCCGAGAAGAAAUCCAUGUUGUGCAUUCACACGCAGCCACUUCAUUCUUUGGAGGAGAAUUAUUAUUGCAUGCAAAAUCAUUAGGAUACAAAACUGUCUUUACCGAUCAUUCAUUAUUUGCAUUUAACGAUGCUGCUUCAUUUCAUGUUAACAAAAUAUUGAAAUUCAUUUUGAGCGAGGUGGAUCAUGCGGUUUCUGUAUCUCAUAUAAGCAAAGAAAAUCUAAGUAUGAGAGCAUCCUUAGAUCCUAGAAACAUAAGUGUAAUUCCUAAUGCAGUAGAUUGCAGCAGAUUCAAACCUGAUCCAUCUAAAAGGUAUCCGCUCAAUACUGUCAAUAUUGUUGUUAUAAGCAGAUUGACUUUUCGAAAAGGAGUUGAUCUAUUAGUAGAUGUUGUACCAACAAUCUGCAAGAGGUUCCCUUAAGUCUAUUUCAUCAUUGGGGGUGAUGGACCUAAGAAAAAAAUUAUUGAAGAAAGCAUAAGAAAACAUGGAUUGACAGAUAGAGUGGAAAUGUUAGGAUCGGUACCAGGACAUAAAGUAAGAGAGGUACUUGUUAGAGGUCAUAUUUUUUUGAAUACUUCAUUAACCGAAGCAUUUUGUAUUGCUAUUGUUGAAGCUGCCUCUUGUGGCUUGUUUGUUGUUUCAACUAAUGUUGGCGGAGUAGUUGAGGUGUUACCUAAAAACAUGGUCAAUUUUGCAAAGCCUGAUCCAGAUGACAUCUGUGAGAAGUUGGCGGUAGCCAUUCCUAUUGCUAAGAAUGUACCAUCUCAUUAAUACCACGAACAAGUUGCCAAGAUGUACAGUUGGCAUAUGGUGGCUGAAAGGACUGAGACGGUUUACAAUAAAAUUUUAUCAUCGCCUUAUCCAUCUAUAUUGGGUAGAAUAAAGGCAUGCUAAAGUAAUGGUCCCUUCUUUGGAUUAUAUUUAUUGAUAUUACUCAUCAUUGACUACAUUGCCAUAUUUAUUCUAGAUUUGAUAUUUCCAUUUAAGAACUUAUCUAAGCCUCUCAAAUUCAAUCCAGAAUAUAGAGUGAAUAAAGAAAAAUAUGGUGAUCAUUAAUUUAAAGUAAAUUGA